UGAUGGAUAGCAGGGAGAGAUUUCAGUGAGGGGUUGUGAGUGCGCAAAGCAGAGAGAGAGCGAGAGAGAGAGAGAGGAAAUCUGGGUCACAUGCUUAUUCAGGCUUUGCCAUCCCUGUUUCCUGGGUUACACUGCCAGACACACACUCCACCCACUGAAUUUUACAUUUGCAUAUUAAUGAGUGGAGGUAUUCUGCCUUUGAGGGAAUGAAUAAUUUCUGCUUCCUGUUUGUCUGACGGUCCCUCUCUCUCUCUCUCUUUCUCUCUCCUUCCCAGAGAUUUCAGUACGUGACAUCAACACACACAGGGCACCAUGAAGUAGAGAGAGAGAGAGGGGGGGGAGAGAGAGAGAGAGGCACAGGCAGUGCUGUCUCGAAACCAGAAGAGGCAAAAAAAAAGGAUUUAAAAGGAAACGUAUUUCCACACACACACAUAGGAAGGGAGUUCAGAGAUGUGAAAAAUGUCAGGAGGUUGCUCGUGUCCUGGGUGCUCGUCUAAGUCGUUCAAGCUGUACUCGCCGAAGGAACCCCUCAACGGCAACGCGUUCCCUCCCUACCACCCAGGCAGUAUGCUGGAUCGCGAUGUCGGUCCAACACCAAUGUACCCUCCAACGUACCUGGAGCCUGGUAUAGGGAGACACACACCCUACAUGAACCAGACUGACUACAGGAUAUUCGAGCUCAACAAACGAUUACAGAACUGGGCAGAGGAGUGCGACAAUCUUUGGUGGGAUGCCUUCACCACAGAGUUCUUCGAAGACGAUGCCAUGUUAACCAUUACCUUCUGUCUGGAAGACGGCCCGAAGCGUUACACCAUUGGCCGGACAUUGAUCCCCCGCUAUUUCCGCAGUAUCUUCGAGGGCGGGGCUACCGACCUUUACUACGUGCUCAAACACCCAAAGGAGUCGUUCCACAAUAACUUUGUGUCAUUGGACUGUGAUCAGUGCACGAUGGUGACUCAGCAUGGCAAACCCAUGUUCACCAAGGUGUGUGUGGAGGGACGGUUGUACCUGGAGUUCAUGUUCGAUGAUAUGAUGAGGAUUAAAACCUGGCAUUUUAACAUCCGGCAGCACCGUGAGCUGAUCCCACGCAGCAUCCUCGCCAUGAACUCCCAGGAUCCACAGAUGUUGGACCAGCUCUCAAAGAACAUCUCACGGUGUGGCCUCUCCAACUCGACCUUGAACUACCUCCGGCUGUGUGUUAUUCUGGAACCGAUGCAGGAGUUGAUGUCCAGGCACAAAACCUACAGCCUGAGCCCCAGGGACUGCCUCAAGACGUGCCUGUUUCAAAAGUGGCAGCGUAUGGUGGCCCCACCAGCCGAGCCGGCCCGGCAGGCGCCAAGCAAGCGGAGGAAGCGGAAGAUGUCGGGGGGCAGCACCAUCAGCAGUGGCACCAACUCCAACGCCAACAGCACCAGCAAGAAGAAGAGCCCAGGCGGCAGCUUCGCCCUCUCCAGUCAGGUACCUGACGUGAUGGUGGUGGGGGAGCCCACCCUGAUGGGGGGCGAGUUUGGCGACGAGGACGAGCGCCUCAUCACACGCCUGGAGAACACCCAGUACGACGCCACCAAUGGCAUCGACGACGAGGACAGCUUCAACAACUCCCCGGCCCUGGGGGCCAACAGCCCUUGGAACAGCAAACCUCCGUCCAGCCAGGAGAGCAAGUCAGAGAAUCCAACCUCCCAGGCCUCCCAGUAAAGGUGAACCCCAGUGGCCAAGCACAUUCCGAAUCCCCCACUCAAUCUACCUGUCCAAGUAACCGUGUAGAGGUACCUGCAGGGUCAGACUGGAACGUGUCCCCCAACAUCCCAACCAUCCCCAUUCUCACAUGGCAUUAGCUGUGGAUACGACACACGCUUGUUUCACUUCUAAUCAUUGCUUCAAAUUUCUCUUCUAAUUACGGAAAGUAAAUUGCGUCUGAGGAGGCUUAAAGCUCCUCUUCCCUCCUUUCUCCCCCCUCCCCAGUGUUGGAGUGGGCAAGGCAUCUAGGCCCUGAUGGGGUGUUGUCUAGUCCUGAAGGGAUCUCAGUGGUGGAGAUCUGCUGUCAAAUGUCUGCUUCUGGUAGAGUCCUGGAGGUUGUAGAGAUAUCCCACUAUAUUACCCUGAAGUGUUCACCGGAAGGGGGCAGAGGAGUCACUUGUACUGGGGUGAGUGGGUAACGUGCAUCUGAAUCCCCUGCUCCUGCAGAGGGCAGGCCCAGCAUUCAGCUCAGGGAAAAGGGUGGGCUUAUUGCGAUGUGUUCCAACAGAUUAUCAAACCCUUCCCAUUCUGACUGCACCGCACCCAUCAGCCAUCCUUCUGCCUCCACGGAUGCUGCUUGACCUGCCGGGUUUCCCGGGCAGUUUGCUCUUCCCACCAUUGCUUUUAGUGCAGAGGUUUUGAUAGAAACGGUCACAAUGCCAGUGUCUGUGGCGGAUAUCAGAGCUUGACCUGUGGCUCUUUGCGAUCUCCCGAAGUUUGGAUUGUACACAGCAUAUGGGAGUGUUGCCCAUGACCCCGGGAUUGGAGGGGAACUGGAUCUGGUCUUGAACACUCAUUCUGAGGUUGGGUUUGGGUUGGAUUGGUUUUCCUAUCUCCUUAGUCGUAUACUUGGCCCACUGAGUCUGUGCCAGCCCUCAGAGCAGACCCAUUCCUCUCAUUUCCUUACAACAUUGUCUUCCCAAAUUCCCAUCAACUUGCCCUAGAUUCUAUCUCUAUCUCUUCCCCACAUACUAGGGGACAACUUACAGUGACCAGCCCACCGACUCUGGGAUGUGGGAGGAAAUGGGGUUCUCGGCACUAAAUAUGUUAUUAUUCUGCCAACCAGGUUCACACUCCCCGCCCCCCCCCCACCCUAGUCAUCUAGGACCACUGUGACCCCACUAUUGGGAGGUGGAGAUACCUAUAGGAUGACCAACCACCUAACCCAGCUCUGCAAGACUGGAAAGUCACACAAGCAAAGUCACACCCUCUUGCGUUGCCGCUACAGUUGAAUAGCCCGUUGGUAUAUGUAUUGAAGAAGGGCUGAGGCAGAACUCGCCCUUGUUAGUUCCAAGUUUAACUUCCACACACUCUACUUCACUGUUCUAUUCUGUGUAACCAUGAGGAAUCUUCAUCCCUGCUGCCUAGUGUCCUGCCCUGUAUCAAGCGCUGUUACAGUAUUACUUACUGACCCCACGGGUUCCACUGAUUUGAGAGAUUCUCACCUUUCAGAUCCCACCACAGUCUUCCACUCCCCUCUCUAUCCCUCUGGCCUCGUCCAGUGAGGUUUAAUCAGAACCCCCCCUUGGGUUACCUACCUCCUUUCCAGAUCUCUGCACCUCUCAUUGUGGUCUAGACAUCAGCCCUGAAUUCAGUGACUCUGCCUUGAAAGGCCCAGCCUUGUGAGCUCCAGAACUCCCUCCGUUACACCGCUAGGAUUUUCUGAAACUUGCACCAAAUACUUGGGCAGCUUUGAGAAGUGAGUCAGUGAUGGGUUUUGUCUGAGCUCGCUCCUGUGAUGGACCUUCAGGAUGUUUCACUACGUUAAAGGCUCCAUACAAACACGGGUGGCUUUGGGAGUAAUGUAGGAAAGUGUCUUCUCUGUGAAAUGAUUGGACAGUGACCAACGAAUUAACACCACAUGUGGCCCAGCCCUGACUGUACAGCCCGUGGGGUUUUCUCCCGCUCUCUGCUGGGUUUCAGAGGAACUGCAACGGAGCAGAUCACAGACUCAACCAUGAGCCAGAAGCUUCACAAACACCACACCAGUGUCCUGACACUUAAAUCCUAACAAGUAAUUUGCUGUCAUGAUGUACCAGGCACAGUACACAUGCCUGGGCCAUGCCCGUGCUGAACCAGGGUGGGUUCAGCUUGUCUCUCGUUAUAGUACCUCUAUAUUAAAAGGAUUCUUUUAACUACCUUCCAAAUCUAACCCCUGGUACCUCUGUGAACAGAGAGCGUGAGACGGAGGCAAGGAUUUCUUCGCUGCUUCUCACGAUUUUCUAAUUUGCUGUAAAUCUGUAGAGAGAGAGAGAGAGAGAGAGAGACAGGAAGAAUAUAAGAUGCACAGUGUCGUGUUUUAUACAGCAAAAGAAAUCCGGGAAAAAUAAACUUUAAUAAAUGCGUUAGGAAGGUGGAAUGCUGAACAAUCCCCUCAGAAUUGUUUGUAAUGUUUUUUAAUGUUAACUUGUGUAGGGGAACUGUGUUUAUUUUGGUUUUGAAGCCUUGUUCUGUGUAUCUCUGCUUGUAUAUUGAACGCUAGUACUUACCAAUCUGUAUUGCUGUCAUUAAACAUAUAGUAAACCUUAUAA